UUGUUUUUUUGAUGAAAGUGAAUCUGGGUUGGUGACGACACUUCCCCCUCUCUCUUCCCGGAUUUGAUCCCGAAGUUUUUUUUCUUCUCUCCUCCUUCCAGGGCGGCGUAAACUCAACUUUUCUCUCUCUUUAUUUUUUCGACUUUAAAGUAAAAAAAAACAAAACCCAAACAUGUCGCCGCCGUCCCGACGGCUUCAGACGAAGCCGGUGAUCACCUGCCUGAAGACUUUCCUCAUCUCCUACAGCCUCAUUUUCUGGUUCACGGGAGUGAUCCUGCUGGCCGUCGGCGUGUGGGGGAAGGUGAGCCUGGAGGCCUACUUCUCUCUGGCCUCCGAGGAGAGCACCAACGCGCCGUACGUCCUCAUCGGCACCGGAGCCAUCAUCGUUAUUUUCGGACUGUUCGGGUGUUUCGCCACGUGCCGCGGCAGCCCCUGGAUGUUCAAACUGUAUGCCAUGUUUCUGACCCUGGUGUUCCUGGCGGAGCUCGUGGCCGGUGUCUCAGGCUUUAUCUUCAGACAUGAGAUCAAGGCCAAGUUAGGCUUCGCCUACGAGAACGCUGUGUCCAACUACAACGGCACCGAGGCCGGCGGCAGCAGCGCCGCAGUGGACAGCAUCCAGAGAACCUUGCUGUGCUGCGGGGUGAACAAUUACACUGACUGGAGCGGCACAAAAUACUUCAUAGACAACGGCAUCCCUGUCAGCUGCUGUAAAUCCAGCUCCAACUGCUCACCGGAGACCCUGAAAGACGUCGAAAAGGCUGCGACGGAGGUGUACACAGUGGGCUGCUUCGCUCGGGUGACACGCGUGAUGGAGUCCAACCUGGGAAUCAUCGCGGGCAUCUCUUUUGGCAUUGCGUUCUUCCAGCUCAUUGGGAUAUUCCUGUCCUGCUGUCUGUCUCGAUACAUAACCAACAACCAGUAUGAGAUGGUCUAACGUGGGCCUUCCGCAGGUCUCCGAUGGGCAGCUCCUCGUGCAAAUCGAGUUGAAAGAAUCUCCUGUUAUUUUACUAUUGUGUGUCUGUGUGUUAGUUGGUGUUAUUUUAGAAAGGGAAAAACACUCACAGCUUUUUCUUUUAUUCGCCAAUGCCAAAUGAGCAGACGGGGGGGGGGUUGAAAGGAAGCCCGCAACGGCAUGCUAUCCGCAGUGUAGUUUGAAAUUAAGGGACCUGGACAUUUUGGUCAUCAUUUGUUACUCCUGAGAUUUAAAUAUGGAUUUCUAUUAGUUACUUAAUUUCCGUUAAUCGUCCAUUAUUUCAUUUGUUGUAUCUUUGUAUCAUGCAGCUGCCUUAUUUUGUAAUUCUGCUUUUAAAAGAAGGAAAGUCCGUAGACCAUAAUGUUAAACGUCUCUGCAACACUAAGUGAACUUGUGCGUAUACGUGUGAAGCCAAAAUAAGCCUGAGAGGUGGACAAAGAGGUCCCCGACCUGUGAAUGAGCCGUGCUGCCUACGUAGCCCAGUCCUGUGUGUCGGCUACGUUUGCCAGCCGACUUCAUAUCCCAUUCUGCAGUGUUAAAAUUGUUUAUUCUUUUGUGGAUGCAUGUGGAAUACUUUAGAAAAAAACAAAUAAAGAUUAAAUUUAGCAUCUUUAA